UGCGUGGGGACCUGCGAGCUGGCGACCCCAAAGUGGAUCGUUGGAGCAGUAGUAGCAGCAGCAGCGCACCCAGAGAGGGGCUGGGAGGCUCUUUUUCUUCUGCGCAGAAAUCCUAGGCCGGAGGGUGUCUGAGCAUGUGUGGAGUUUAUUCUCCCCAUUCCUUCACUUAAAAACUUUUUUCAAAAAAAAUGUGCCCCAUUUCUUAGACUCCCAGAGUGCCCUUACAAAGAUCCAUAAUAAGGCAAUCCUUCCUCUCAGACUUAUAAGGUGGGGGAAGAACCCACACAAAAGGAAAAAAACGUUUGGGACAAAUCAAACUUGGGCGCUUGUUACCUUUAGGGAAAAGUAGUCCUUAGGAAAAGGACCCAUGAGCAUGUGCAGAGUUCCCCACAGAUUAAAAAGUCGCUCUCUUCUCCCCCUCCCCCGGUUGAAAAAUGAAACUAAAGACUGAAGUGGUUAUGAGUGAAUGCAGAGUCCCUCCCCCGAGGAAAGAAGUCCUCUCCUCACAGAACAUAAGGACAAGGGGUUGUAUUCAACUAAUUAGUGCUCUUAAGUUUCUGAUUAUGAAUCAAAAGCUGGAGAGCAUCUGAAUAACAGCUUUCUUUUAAAAAACCAAUAACAAAGCCAGGAAAUCAUGAAAGUUUUCUGUGGAAGAGCCAAUCCAACCACUGGAGCAGUGGAGUGGUUGGAGGAAGAUGAGAACUAUGAUUAUCACCAGGAAAUUGCAAGGUCAUGUUAUGCUGACAUGUUGAAUGACAAAGACCGAAAUGCCAAGUAUUUUCAGGGUAUCCGUGCCGCAGUGGGCAGAGUGAAGGAAAGAGGGGAGACCGCCAUUGUCCUAGACAUUGGGACUGGCACUGGACUCUUGUCCAUGAUGGCGGCUACAGCAGGGGCUGAUUUCUGCUAUGGUGUUGAGGUCUUCAAGCCUAUGGCCAAUACAGCUGUGAAGAUAGUGGAAAGAAACGGCUUUAGUGACAAGAUAAAGAUCAUCAACAAGCACUCUACUGAAGUCACAGUGGGGCCUGAUGGAGACAUGCAGUGUCGUGCAAACAUUCUGAUAACAGAGCUGUUUGAUACUGAAUUGAUAGGAGAAGGGGCUUUACCAUCUUACGAGCAUGCGCACAGAUACCUUGUACAGGAGGGAUGCGAGGCAGUGCCUCACAGGGCAACUGUGUAUGCCCAGUUAGUGGAGUCCAAAAGAAUGUGGUCCUGGAACAAGCUAUUUCCUGUUCAUAUUCAAGCAGAAGAUGGCGAGAAGAUUAUUGUCUCUCCACCAGAAAUGGAGAACUGUCCUGGGGCUCCUUCAGUCUAUGAUAUACAACUAAAUCAGGUGCCCUUGUGUGACUUUGUGGCUCUCAGCGAAGUUGUCACAAUGUUCAGUGUAGAUUUCAGUAAGCCAGUAAGCAGAGCCUCUGCCUACUACACGGUGCGGCUGGAGCCCAUAAAAUCCGGCAAAGCCCAAGUGGUUCUUUCCUGGUGGGAUAUUGACAUGGACCCUGCUGGGUCAAUAAAAUGUACGAUGGCCCCAUACUGGGUACAACCCACCUCCGAAGAUAUCCCGUGGAGAGAUCAUUGGAUGCAGUGUGUGUAUUUCCUUCCAAACGAAGAACUUGUUCUCCAGGGCCAGAGCGUGGACCUGACCGCCUUUCAUGAUGAUUACUCUGUGUGGUAUAAGCUUCAAAAAGGCAGAAAUGAAGAAGCCAAAACUGAUAUCCAUGUGGAGAGUCCUGUGUGUAAGUGUCAGGCCCACCUGCUGUGGAAUAGGCCACGGUUUGGAGAACUCAAUGAUCGGAAUCGAACAGCCCAAUAUUUACAAGCACUGCAGAAAGUUUUAAAGCCGAACAGCGUUUGCCUCAGCAUCAGUGAUGGCAGCCUCCUUCCUGUGCUGGCUCACCAUCUUGGAGCAGAAGAGGUGUUUACAUUGGAGAGCUCUGCAGUUUCUCAUUCACUCAUGCAGAAAAUUUUUAAGGCCAACCAUCUAGAAGAUAACAUUAAAAUAAUAGAGAAGCAUCCUGAAUUGUUGAUCUCUUCUGAUCUUGAAGACAAAAAGGUAUCGCUUUUAAUUGGUGAGCCCUUCUUCUCUACGAGCUUAUUGCCAUGGCACAAUUUAUAUUUCUGGUAUGCCCGGACAGCACUGGUCAGCCACCUAGCGAGUGAUGCAACCAUCCUGCCCCAGUCUGCUUCACUUCACAUGAUGCUUGUGGAGUUCAAGGAUUUGUGGCGUAUCCGCAGCCCAUGUGGUACUUGUGAAGGGUUUGAUGUGCACAUUAUGGAUGAGAUGAUAAAGUCCAAGAAUUUUGGAGAGGCUGCAGCAUGCACCCAACAGAGAGAGCUCUGGCCUUGGAAUUGCUAUCUUACUCACUCAGUGACGAGUCCGGGCCUUGUGAAUUCCUUGGACUUCAGGGAGUCAAGGGAAGCAGAACCUCAUCCGCUGUGGGAAUAUCCUUGCAAAUCGUUAUCAGAUCCGCUGGAAGUCUUCAUAUUUGACUUCCGACAAACUGUGCCAGAACACGCUCUCCGGAAAGAAGGCAUCAUAAAUCUGACACGGACUGGUAAGAGCCAUGGAGUUGUUCUGUGGAUGGAAUAUCAUCUGACACCCAGCAUUUCCAUUAGCACAGGGGUUGUGCAGGUUUCCAGUGAAAAGGGCUGUUGUCAAUGGACUCCCCACUGCAAACAGGCUGUGUACUUCUUCAGUUCAGUUACUGAGUCAGAACCUUUCAGUGAUAACCCCACUGCAGUUGCAUACGCUCUAAGCUUCAACCCAAAGACAGGCAAUAUUAUUAUGGAUUUUAAACGCUUAAAUUAAUAUAGCAUCUUUCCAAUCAAAAAUUUUCCUCCCCCUGCCCCCCCCCAUUUUUUGGCUAAGUCUUAAUAAAUAUAAAUAUAUUGUCAGAUAGCUUCCCUUCUUUUGGGACACAGUAGCUAUUACUGAUCCCAAGGCAUUGUCUGAAGGCAUAUAUAAUAUGCAGCAGUCUUAUAAGCGUAAGCUGGUAUGGCUCUGAUUAGUGCCUAGAUGGGAGAUUGCUUGGGAAGCCCUAUAUUCACCAGCUAAGUGUAAAACCUAAAAGAUGAAGCCUGAGUCCAGCUGUGAAUAAGCAGUAAUGCUGUAUAUAGAUACAAUAAUCCUGCUGGGCCUAUUCUGAUAGUUGUCGCUUGGUAAUGUGAGCAAUGAAUCACUGCAGAAGAUCCCCUUGUUGCUUGUCUAGGAGCCAGGCCUGUUCUGUUAUCCUAUUGUUGCUGGUCUGGCUGGUUUCCUUGCAGUUUCCUCGUUUGGCGAGAUCAUAAUGGUAUCCCUUCUCAGCUUCUGAAUAGUUUUUAGCCUCUUUUCAUCUUCAGUAAUUUAUAUAAGGCAAGACAAAUUCUUCUGUGUGUGUGUAUACAGAAUACUUGUAAUUGGGUCUUUUACAAGCUUCCAUGCAUAAAAUUGCAUGCAUAAAGUCCCUAGCAACUUCAGUUGAGAGAAUUGUAGGAAGCAAAAUAUGUGAAUGAUCACUACCUGAAGCCCCGAGUGGGUGUGGUAAAGGUGGGAGGUAGGUGUGGGCUAGAUGUACUAAUACCCUGACUUGCUAUAAGUUUCUGGAGGUCCCUUCCAUUUUGACUCGUUUACUGGGGAACUUCUGCAUGUCUGCCAUGGAACCUCAGCACAUUUGUAUGAAAUUUAGGAGCAUAUCCUAGGAUGUACAUUCAGUCCACCAUCCCAGAACACACCCAGUACUCUCCCAUGGCCCCAAAUUGCAGAAGAGGAUCAGUGAAGGAUAACAAGACAUCCUGAGGAACUUCUGAAAGACCACAGGGUUCUCUGGACCGCAGUUGGAAAACCACUGCUGUACUGAUAUGCCCACAGUCGAGAGACGUUUUGCAGAACUGAGAGGCUGUCCCUUUAGAGAAACACUAGAGGGCGCUAAAGCCCCUUUCCCCCCUUAACAGCAUAAAUGGGAGGUGUUCUUAUGGCCUUGUGUGUGAUAUCAAAAGGAAGCAUAAUAACAGACAAGGCGUUUAGAUGGCCACCAGUUCCCUUUUGGAACCUGUGGUAGAAAAUAUGCAGUGUGCCUUUAUUUCAUCCUAUAUACUAACAGCAAACUCAUUCUCUGCGGGGAUCCUUUUAUAGCAGAAACUAUCCACACAAGAGGUAACUAUCAGCUGGAAUGGGGGGUGCCCACAAUUUGAAGAAACACAAAACCUUUGGGAAAGCCUCUAAAAGGGUGAGGGUGAUCCUUGCCCAACAACAACCACCACCCAAUGAAGACUGACCUCAGUAACCGUUGGGGUGUAUAGGAAUGGAGUGUGAUUGGAAUGGAGUGUCCUAGAAAAAGGGUGUUGAUGGCUGACUCAAACCCUGAACAGGAACAUUCAGUACAGCAACAUUUUGUUGCAAGACCCACGUGGGUUUUUUCUAAAAAAGCUGACCUAAUUAAAACUUACAAACUUAACGGGCAUGCAGCUUUCCAAAUACUGUAGCUACUCUACUAAGGUAGCCUGAAAUGCCAGUGCAAUGUAGGGGUUAGGGUGUAGGGCUAGGGCCUGGGAAACAAGGGUUCAAUUCAACCAUGAACCUCACUGGGUGAUUUUGGGGUAGUCACUGUCUCUCACCUGUAACCUACCUCACAGCAUUGUUGUAAGGAUAAAAUUGAAAGGGAGGGAAACUGCAGGAAAGGUGGAAUAUAAACAAAAUAACAAAUUAUUUUGGCACCUUAGCACUGCUGGAAUGGAGUACACCAAAGUACAGUUCACCAAGCCAUUCCCGAAAUUUCACAGAACAUACGCAGGACCACCGUUCGAUAAUAAUGAUAUUGCUGCUGGUUUCAUUAAUAAUGCCUUUUGUUAGCAUUAACUUGAUGAAGGUGUAAACUUAAGAAUCCAGCAGCAAAGAAGCCUCACAAAAUACUCAGGGUUGUGUUUUUUAAAAAAAAUAUAUAUGAGAAGGGAACCCCCUUUCUCUACCUUAACUUUUUCUGCACACUCAUAGUACUCCAAGCCAGAGUGAAAAACAUUAGUGCCAUACAGGCUGAGAAACUGGUUCCCAUUUAUGUGGGUCCAAGUUUUGACUUUCUGAAGCAAACUGGAUAAUCCAGAAUUGAGGAAAACGUGGGACACUGGAGAGAAGACAUUUUGUGUAUGGUGGAGGGGGGAGGCUUGAAGAGGGGAAUGUGUGAAGAAAGCCCCUUGUUCUAAAGGGUUAAUAUAACGACUUAAUACAGGCAAGUGGUUUGUCACCUAAUCGAAUCUGCUGGCGCUGUUCUGUUUGUGCUGGAGUGGUUGGAACCCUCUGGGCUUGCAAGUCUCUCUCAGCUUUAUUUUAAAAUAUAUUGACCGCUCUUCAUGUAAGUGAAGAUGCCAGAACAGUUUGCAAAAUAUGAUAGGAUAAAAUUCAUAUUGAAACAGUAAGAGACUUACAGUAAAAUCCCAUCCACAGUAGCCAGCAAAAAGUUUUAUUCCAAGCUAGGACUUUGUAGCCAGCAAAGGCCUGAGGUAAAUAGGCAAGUCUUAAACUAGUGUUGAAGGCUCAUCGCAGUCGGUGCCUGCCUUAUUUCUAAGCGGAGGGGAGUUCCAUAGGACAGGUGCCAUUGCAGAAAAGUCUCCUGUGAAUUGCCGCAAGAGCCUCCACAGUUCCAUGUUUUAUCUUGUGCUCUUUCCUGGAACAUGUUGCAGUGCCCUUUGGGCCGUUGUAAGUGAGCAGUUGCUGAAGAGACAGAAGUACUGGUCAUCUGCAGCACCUUUGAUUCUGCAUGCUGCUCUGUGUCAUUCAUGAAAGAGAAUGGGACAUUCCUGUGCAUAUACUGUAUGUUCAGCUAAAUUAUUUAUUGAGUUAAAAAUCCUACUCUAAGGUGCCCAGGGCAGCGUAUAUUGCCCCACCAUUAUUUUCACAAUAAUCCUAUGAAGAUUAGGAUGGAAGGUAAUGACUAGCCCAAGGUCACCCAGUGAGCUUCAUGGCUGAGUGGGCACUUCAAUCUAGGUCUCUCCAGAUUUAGACUGGUCUACUUAUGGGAUAAGACCCAUAGAACAAAGCUGGACUUCCAAAUAAACAUGAUAGGACAAUGUUAGCUGACACUAACCUAGGGGUGGGGAAAUUUUGGCCCUCCAGAUGUUGCUGAAUGACAACACCCAUCAUCCCUGCUCAUUAGCUAUGCUUGCUGGGGCUGGUGGGAGUUCCAGUUCAGCAACAUUGGGAAGGCCAAAGGUUCCCCACCCCCGCUCUUACCAGUACACCACCCUGGCUCUUUUUUGAGUCAAGAGCCCAUAGCCAUUGGGUUAAACCAGUGAUAAUAACCUCAUGGGUUGAGAAGAGAUCCAGAGCAAAUUGGAAAAGGAAGAAUGAUUGACCAAAGCAGUUUGGAUUUAGUUCUCCCAAAAUGUAAGUUAAUUCCUGAUCUCCUUGCUAUGAAUUUAAUAAAGUACAAGGUGCUUGCAAGAAAACAGUAUAAAUAACUUCUCAAAUACGCACACAUGGAGAGGAGCAAGCUAUUUACUAAAGUUUCAAUUCUGAAGGCUCUGGGCUGGUUCCACCGUUAUAAAAACCAGAGGCAUCAAAACAAAUAGUAAGGGUUUCAUUCAGUUUCUACUUGGAGUAGAUCCAUUGAAAUUAAUUUACCUAAGUUAGUCAUGUCCACCAAUUUCAAUGGCAUAGGACUAACAUUGGAUACAAUCCCCUGUUCACUUAUCUGAGAGUAAGUCCAUGGAACAUAAGGAAGCUAACUUCUGAAUAAACAUACACUGUAAAAGUUUAACCAAGAAAACAGCACACGAAAACCCUGUGCCCAAUGCACAGUUAAAAAAAAAAAAAUCCUUGAGUCCAGGAGCUGACAAAAGUCAAGCUAAGCAGGAAGGUUUUUUCCCCAGCCUCCAUGAAUAAAAAUCAACACUCUGAAAUAAAAUAAAAACACUCUCUAGGACCAGGGUUGCCAACUUUUAUGGGCACAUUUGGACUUUUGGGGAAGUGCAGUGAAAGCCAAUCUCAGAAUGGAUAGCAUGGGGGUGUGACAUAACACUAAAUAGCUGCCACCUUUAAAGGAGCAUGUUAUAGGACUGGGGGGUUGGUUUCGAUUCUGUCUUUGUGUCCUGCCAAGCCUGUGAUUCUGUAUCUGUAAAGUUGGGAUCUGUAACCGAGGGAGACACUGAACCUGUCAAACCACUCUUUGUUGAGGUAAUGCCCUGGCCAAGUCUGCUGAGCAUCCUGUCUGCAUGACUAAAGUGUUGGCCGUGUUGCCAUAGGAACAACUGGCGGGUGAUGCUCUUUCAGGAGGGGGGUAGGCCCACCCCCACCGCAUCACCUGGCUGGAAGUCAUUCUGUAGGCAGGAGAGCAGUAGCCUAGUAGCUAGCCUUGGCUAGUCUGGUGUGGGCCUGGGAAGACAGAGCCUUGACUUACUUUCUGUGCUGAAUCCAAAGCUAUGGUUUGGAGGACUCCCCUAGCAAACUAAUAUGGAAGCAAGACAAGAUUUGUUAGGGUGUUAAUGCUGGGAGCCCUUAUGCUCAGGCUGGAGAUAUAUAUGAAAAUAAAAACCAUAUAACAUAAAGGCACAGCCGUGUCCGCUGACCUUCCU